AUGACUGCCACUUGGAAUAAGUCUCAGCACACGUCUCUCCUCCUAUGGGACAUCGACCGCGAGUUCCAGAAUGCGUACGAACUUUACGUACAACUGCAAGCAAAAAGCGGCUUCAAACGCUCAGCGUGGUCGCGCCUCGCCAUGAAGAGUCAGGAUGAUGUCCUUGCAAAAGCUCUGAGCCUAGGCCGCGAAGUCAGAAACUUCAUGGGCACCGGAAAGAAGCGCUUUGGGGCAAGAUUCGAGGAAGGCGAUGCGACAUGCCACACCAUACUAGAAGCACAGCUCAUCCGCAUGCAGUACGAGGUGCGAGAGCUUCUCUGCGACAGCGCCGUGUCCGAAAUAAUUUCCAUACCAUAUGAGGACAUCAUCACGACCGCAAAGAGUAUCCGCCGUAUAUGCCUCGAGGCUCUGCAUGCCCAGUUCGAACGCUUCUCCACACCGACAUCGAUGCUAUACUUGCCACCUCCACGCUUCAAGAUCCAGUACUGCGCCUUCGCGGAGCAGUUACGCAAAGACCUCGAAUCAUCAGAGGGUAGCAACCUCCAAACAAAAAAGCUGCGGCCCCGUGACCGCCAUGACGAUCGAGAGAUAUGUCCAGACUGCGACAAAUGCAUCGCAGUCGCCACACAUUCUGGACUCCCGGACGCUCGGUGCAUCCUGUUCACAUCACACAUCAAGCCUGAGGCGGGAAGUCGCGCUGACUAUGCAAGCUACGCAUGCUCAAGCUGCUACAAGACGUUCGACGAUUCAUAUGCCUUCCUGGACCAUAUUUUCCAGAAGCAGAUCGGUAGCGACAGGAGUUGCCUGCGAGUCUCAAGUCCGACGCUGGAUAUUCAUGAGUUCGAUCCAUUCCUCAUCGAACAAUGCUUCAAGAACUGCCUCGUGCGAGAGCUGUCACGCACUGCAAGUGAGAGAGUCUCCAAAGAUCAGGCCACAGUGCAGACGAAGGAGAUUGAGGUACGGCUCAACAGUCUGCGAAGCGCAACAUCUUGGUAG